AUGUUUAGAAAGCAAGCAUCUUGCGUCGAGACAUUGGAUCCUGGACAUUUUGAACGCCUUAAAAAUUGUCGUACGAACCAUGUGAUAAAGUAUCACGUGCUUCAACCAUACACACGCUUGUCUGCUUGUAUAAAUCCUGAAAGUGACGCACAACAGAGGAGGAUAAGAAGAGUCUGGGCAUUAGAUCGACCCAAGAAGAUGCCUAGUGCUGACAUGACACCCUGUCUGUUCUUUCGUUUUCGCUUGUUAUACGCGAAUUCAGGUCUCGCUCCGUUGCUCACUCGUCCCGCAAAUCUCCCCCACUUAUCCGGGAAUAAUGCCUUAUAA